GCCGCUCUGGAGGCCAUGGUGCAGGAGCCGGGGCGGGCGGCGGGCGAAGGAAGGCCGGAGUCCAGCGCCGCUCCGCCGCUCUGUUCCUGCCCGUCCCCACCGGCACCGCCGGCUCGCUGCCCGCGGGGAUCUCGUCGCUUGUCCGAAACCGGUUCCGGGCUGCGGCGGAGCGAAAGCGCAAGCGCGGGGGGCCGGGGAAGGCUGCGGGCCGCCGCUUCCUUGCCUCACAUCGCCCGGGGGCGGGGUGCGGAGGAGGGCGGCGGCGCGGGGCGGCGGAGCAGCCCCUGCCUGCUUGUGGCGCUGCGGCCCCGCAAUGUGGAGGCGGAACGGGAGCGGUUCUUCCGCGCCAGCUUCGCCUACGACCCGCAGUUCGAAUACGCGGAGCCGCUGCCUGCCGCUGUUCUGGACAAGUACGGGUCCGCCUCCGAUCGCUUCGUGACUCAGGCCCUCAGGAUCAUUCAGGCUGUCCUGAAGAAGUAUGGCACCUACGAGAGCUUCGAAGUGGCCACGGGUGGGAGGCUGCUGAGCAAGUGCCAGAUCUGGUCCAUCAUCCGCAAGUACCUGCAGAAGGAAGGCUGCUUGGGAGAGGUGGUGGUGCAGCUCACAGAUGACCUCCUGUCCCAGGCAGUGAUGAUGGUUGAGGACAGUCGCCCAACGCUGGCCAUCAACCUGGCUGGAGCCCGGCAGCACUGGCUGGAGGGGAUGCUGCGCCAUGAGAUAGGCACUCACUACAUCCGGGGGGUCAACAACACCCGGCAGCCCUGGCGCAGCUCGGAAGGCCGCAAGCAGUACCGGCUGAAGCCGGCGAACCCCACGGAGGAGGGCCUGGCGAGCCUGCACAGCGUCCUGUUCCGCAGGCAGCCGUUCCUGUGGCGCGCAGCGCUGCUGUACAUCACGGCGGAGCGCGCCGGGCGCCUCUCCUUCUCCGCCCUCUUCCGCGACCUCGAGCAGUUCGUGCAGGACGCCGCCGUGCGCUGGGAGUACUGCGUGCGGGCCAAGCGCGGACAGACGGACACCUCCCGCCCAGGCUGUUUCAGCAAGGACCAGGUGUACCUGGAUGGUAUCCUGCACAUCCUGCGUCAUCGGCAGACCAUCGACUUCCCGCUGCUGGCUGCGCUUGGAAAGGUCUCCUACGAAGAUGUGAACCGGCUGAAGGAGUUUGGUGUGCUGGAGAAGGCCAGGAUCCCCCACUUCAUGCAGGACCUGCAGCGCUACAUGAAGCAGCUGGACCACAUCCUGGCCACCAACGGCCUCGACGAGGAGGAGCUGGAGCAGCUGCUGCCCGACUGAGCCACAGCCUCCCACUGCCCUGAGGCUCCACCUGGUGCUGGAUGCUUACCAGGGUGGAGCCUGGAGGAGUGGGCAGAACCUGGGCUCCCAGGCAGCUGCUGUGCAUGUGGUGCUGGGGGGGGGCAGGGUGCUUGUCUUGAUGUGACCCCCCCAGCUUUGGGGACAGCCGAGCCGCUCCACGUGGCUCUGAGGAGCAGCAGAAAAGGGUCCAGGGGGAACAAGGGCAGAGCUGGGCUGACCUCCUGGUCCCCUGAUGGGCACAAGGCUGUGCUUGGUGGCUGUGCUUGGAGGGGAAUGUCCUUGGGGUACCAGGACACUCCCAGCAGUGUGGGGAGCACCUGCUCUGGGCCAGCAGCCAGGGCUGGGGGCUCUGGGCUUUGCCUGGUCGAGAAUAAGAGCUGGCCCACCCCUCACCCCCACGCUGUUUCCCACUCCCUAACCUUUCCCUCAUGUCCCCCCUAGCAGCAGGAAGGAUCUGAACCCCCAAUCUCUGCUCUCCCCCUCCCCAUGAUCGUUCUGCACC